AGUUUACUGGAGUUUCAUUGGUUUCAUCAGUUCAUGUUAUUUGUUUCGUUUGUUACCAUUUGUAAAUCGACUUUGUUUCUCUCCAAGAUAGGACACGAGCGCUACUGUUAGCUGUUGCUCGCUGGUAACUGGGAGUGGGACGCAGCUCGUUAGUCAGGGAACAAAAUGCCGAUUACAAUAACGCAACAAUCGACCACUAUGUCGAGCAGCGGCGAACGACUGUCGUUAUGCGCUCUCAACUUGGGUUACCUCAAGACACUGGACGGAUGGAUCAAAAUAGCGCAAGUCAUCUUGGGUCUCAUCGUGAUGUCCCUUCUGGUCAAGACAUACCAGGUCUCCUGGGUGUUGUUCCUGAUGAUGACUGCCUUCGCCUUUGCCGUGAUCAGCCUCCUCAUCUUGAUCUCGGCCAUGGGCUCCUUGUCUGGGGGAACGCUGAUGGGAACACUCUUUUACCUGAACUAUCACAUCGUAGGGUUCAUCUUCUACCUCUCGGGAGGACUCACGUGCGUCAUUAAUGCAUCGCAGUACACAAACCUGGGAAUCGUCAUAGCAGCAGGGGUGCUUGGAUUGAUGGCCUCUGCAUUGUAUGCAGUUGACGUGGCUCUGACGUUCAAAGCUCGUGCCUAAUAUUGGUGCCAAUACCAGAUAACUUUUGUGGGGCAACCUUGCAAGCAAAUGGGUUUGCAUUUCACAAUGUUUUUCUUUCAAACACAACUGUAAGCAUGUCUCUUGCUCUUGCUCAGGAUCUAAUCAUUUUGGUUCUAUGGAGUUGAUUUAUGUUGUUUGGUUUUUACUUUGGUGCCUCUAGCAUGAGUCGAUGUGGCUUGUUGAAUACAUAGCAGGUCAUUGGCAAUGAUGAAUCCCAUGCUGUAACAUACAACAAUAUAAUGAAAUGUCAAAGUAAUAUUGCCAAUUUUUGUUUGAUGACAGUUAAGUUCCCAACAAUUAUCUUGACGAGGAACAAUAAUUUUACAUUAGAAAUGAAUUCAAGAAAUAAGAGUAGUAAGCACAAAAUAUUUAUUGAGGCUUGUGAGGUUUGUAAAAUACAAAAAAAAAAAAAAUUGAAUUUUUGUGAAAUACUUUUUUUUUUUUUGUGUGUGGGAUGGGAUUACUCCGAAAGCUUUCUUGCCAUUUCAGCACAUUGCGUAGUGACGCUAGUAAAAUACUAAUGCAUAGUUGUAUAAGGUUUUAUUAGUGCAUUUUCAUUGGUUGCUGAAGGAUGGUGCAACAAUGGGUAGAUGCUACUAUUUUUUUUUUUUAACUGUCCUUAGUUAUGUAGUAAGUUUAAGUAAGUUUCUUUUUCUUGGUGUUUGCACGAAAUGCUCAGAUUUAACCAUUCCAGAGCUUGGGACACAUUUUGUUUUAUUUAUGGGGGCUAAGAUUGAUAUAUUAAUUAUGAUAAAAAAAAAUAAAAAAAAAAUUGGAUCAGUUGUUUAUUUUGCAGACUUUUUGAAAAGUAAUAAAUGAGGUUUUUCUGCUUAGGACGAUGUGAAUGGUGAGAUUUCAAAGAUACCAUUUCAGCUGACAUUGUGUUGAACUUGAAGUAGAGGUGGUCUUGCAGAUCUUGAGUAAAAAUUCCAAGAGAAAGGCUCUCAUCGUUCAACUGAGACGAUUCAGAGGCAGUAUAGACCUGCAUUUUACAGAGGUUGAGAAUAAAUGUUUGAUUUUAGGUGUCUUUCUGACAAUGGAGCUUGAUUUUAAUGGUCAUAGGGGUAAGGUAGAUGAGCCUUCUUUCUUCUUUUUUUUAGGUCUAAUAUGGGAAUGUGCUGAAAAUCUUUUAAGAAAUUGCAUGUAGUGAACCCUUUUGAAUAAUGCUGAGACAUUCACAUACACAUAGGUACACAACGCUCCAUGAGCUCUGAACAUUUGCCAGGAGUGCUGUGCGCCUGCCAAUUAGUGCUGUAGCUUGAUGAGAUCAAACUUGUUUUUCUUUACCUUCUUACCCAGGUGUAUAAAUUUUUUAAUGUUUUCACCUACAACAUACCGUAAAAUCCUGGGAGAUGUCCCUCCCUCGUAAGGUAACCCCUAUUUUUGGCUUGAUUUGCUGUUUUCCUUGAAACACUGAAAGAUGGCCCAUUCCUAGUAAUCAUAGUGUUUGGAUCAAUGAUGACCUUGGCAUAAAUAAGUUAGGUUAGCUAUGGUGGGAUAUAAGCAAACAGUGCUGACUGGGAAGUACAGUCAUCUUUGCUUCAUUGCCCCUCCCCGCGAUAGCAAGUUUAACAGAGGCACGUGAUCUAAAAAUAGCAUUUUUUGCAACUUUUCUCGAUUGCACAUCUAAAGUUAGCCCACUCCUUUUUUUAACCCAAUUUUCCCCUUAUUUUAGGUGGGCUAUCUCGGGAUUUUACAGUAUCUACAUUUAUAAUAAAUUUCCCUUCAGUCCUGGAGCCAUUUUAAUCUUGGUUCCCAAAGUUCUGCAGAAUUAUCUUCCCCAUGAUAGUUAAUUGCAGUUAAUCAGUACACAACUGUAUUUCUCUGUUUUGUUUUAUGACAGUUAAGUUCCCAACAGUUAUCUUUAAAAGGAACAAGAACUUUAGAUUAGAAUUUGAUUCAAGAAAGAGAAGUAAUCUCGUAAUAUUUAUUGAGGCUUGUGAAAAUUGUAAGGUACAAAAGUACCUUCUUUUUUUUUGUUUGUCAAGUAGCACUACUAUGUGCAGCUUUUUUUUUUUGCCAUUUUAGCACAUUGUGUAAUGACCCUAGUAAAAUACUAAUACAAAGUUGUAUAACGAUUUAGUAGUGCAUUUCCAUUGGCUACUGAAGGAUGGCACAACAAUGGGUAGAUGCUGCUAUUUUAUUUGGUUUUCUCAGACUGUCCUUAGUCAUGUACUAUCUCGAGUAAGUUUGAUGAUGUGGAACAUCAUAACUGAUGUUCGAAGUCAUUCAUCCAGAAUUUAUACAUACUAAAAAGGUUGGGAGGAUGUGGGAAAGCACAAUCUUGAGAGCAUAAGGCCUGUCAUUAACUCAUAAACCAUGCUCUAAUAUGCAGUAGAUAAACAAAGUGAUCUGCCAAGAAGGCACCUAGUGUUUGCUUCCUGUGAUUUAGACUGCCGUCUAAUGUCUGUUGUCGCGUUUGUUGUUUGUCCUGUAUGCGUGGACGAUCAGAUUAUUGUGUUUUCAUUUGAUUCUCAAACUUUUACGAACCUCUGACAAAUGUUAACUCGAGCAAUUUUUAUGCAAUUGGUACUUACUUGAAAUAUCUAUUGAAUUUUACAUUAUAUGUGUUUUGGGUGAAGCCUAACACACAACCAGAAACGGAGGUGUCGGAACUGUUUGGGAGAUGGGUGGGUGACGGUGGUGGUGGUGGUGGGGGUGCUGGAGGGAUUUUCCUUCCCCUCCUCCGUAAUCUUAAAAACUUUUUAACUGUCUUUGGAAAGGGGGGGGGGGGGGUAGGUAUAGGUCUAGGAGGAGGUGGAGGUGGGGGGGGGGGGGGGGGAUGGAGGGAGGCGACUGCCUCCUCUGCCCUCCCUGUUCUGAUGCCACUUACCAGAAAGAAAGAAACCAGCCCCCCAUUUUCCUCUCUGUUCCAGAAAGGAGGAAAGCCAUUCUCCUUUCUGAAGGGAUUGGCUUCCAGACAGAGUGAGGAGGAGGGGAGAGUGAGAUAAAAAAAACUGGGGGCGGUUUCCUGCGCAGCUGAAAACAGUUUUGUAUAUCUGCUUUUGAGAUGGAUUCCUCUGAGCUCAUGCUCGUUGCUUGAGUGGUAUGUUUGCUUUGAGCUAUAAAUUUGAGUCUUGACUUCAUGGGAAUAAACAUGAUUGCUUUUGCAUUAACUGGAACCUCACAUUUGUAUUUCAUACAUAGUUGUAUUGAAUGUUUGUUGGUACUAAGUUUUUAGGAAUAGCCAGUAAAAAUUUAUUGGCACACCUCAGUCAGUUUAAAGCACAGGUUUUGUUGACUUAUUGAUUUGCCUUGCCAGUUGAUAUUGUCUGCCAAUUGAUGCAUCUGUAGCACUUGGGGCCACGGUGUAUGCAGCGAUCACAAUUGAAUGCUUUUUUUUAGAACUGAGCGUCUGUGAACUGUGAAUGUUUGUGUGAAUGCCGUAUCGGCACUUGUAAUAUUCUGCUUGUGAAAGUUAGCAUGAAGCACAAAAAGUCCCUAUGCAUGAAAUGUAGAAAGAUAUCUUGGAUGACCAAACCCUUUUCUGUGAGAAAUUUACCUGUUUGCAUGCAAAGUAAGGGCUACAAAACAGUGCUACUAAAUAUCAAUGGGGCUGGUUUGUUCAUGCUCUCAUAACCACUUUUUCUAUCAUUUGGAGUCUUGAAAUUGUGUCCAUCAGUAUGAAGAGCAUUUUAAAUGAUAUUUUUGAUAUGGAAAGUGAAGCUUUGCCCUACUACAAGGAGGUUGGAGGCCUGCAGGGAACUUGAAUGUGACUCACCGGUGUGGGUUAUAGAUAGAGCGAGUACUUAUCCCAUGUUGACAAAGACUGUUCUGGUCUAUGUAAGAAUAUAAAACAGUGCAAAAGCUAUAGUCUUUGCGAAUUUCACAAAUUGACAAAAAUAUUGCUACAUUUAAAUAAUGUCUAGAAAACACCAAGCGAAAAUUGUUUAAUUUAGAACCAGGCUUUAAGCUGGAACUUCAUUUUUGGAAAUUGUGCAGGGUUUGUCAGUAGUGUGUGCAUUGCAGUUACAAGAGAACAGAUACCUCUGUAAUUAUGCUUGUUUUCAAAAUUUAUCGGCUACUGGAAAAGCGAAUGCUAAACUUGUCAACCGUAACAUUUACAGAGCUCUUUGUUCCAGAAUUCUGCAGUAAUAUCAAAAUGCAAACCUCUACUUUAUCUCUGAUUUAAAGCUACUGUCAGAAUGAAUGACUCUACUACGGUGCUCUUUUGUAGGUAUCCGUGAAAUGAAGUGUGAGGACUCACAAAGAUUCAUGAGAUAAUUACAAGACAAUUUGAGGAUGGGCACUUUAUUGAGUCAAGUUUUUGUGUGCUUCGUAUGUUCCAGCCAAUUGUGAUCUUUCCAAAAGCAGAAGGUGGGUGCUAGUUCUGCAUAUUCAGUCGGCAUUUUGGCCUGGCCUCUUUUUUUCUGCCAUAGAGCUUUAGGAACCAAAACUUGCACAUUCACUUGUUUGAACUAGUGGCACAAUCUGUUCCUGUCAGAUGUAUGUAUGCCACUACUUUUGUAGUCUGUGGGAAAUUGUUUUCCAAAGCCUUUUCUCCCUAAAAAGUUUAUCUCCAAGUCAGGAUAGCAGGUUCUUUUUUUCCUAAGAACUUAAAGAACUGGAAGUCAACCUGCUACCCCUGCAAAAAAAGUCUAGACGGUUGUUGCAGGAAGCUCGGAAGAGCUCCCAAUACAAAGUUUUCCCCGCUGUUACAUUCACAACCAUGGGGCCCUUUUGAACUUCCAUAGGAAUGUCUAUCAAUCAGGUUGUCGAACCCAUCCUUUUAGCCCAGGCCCGGAAUCCCAGCUUUUAGAACUUUCAUACUUUAAGGGCUCCAUAUAAUUGGGACCAUGAAAAUGAAGUUUUUUUUUGCAGUAAAUAGUAUCCUGUUUCCAUUUUCAAAUGUUUCUAGGUUGGCUAUUGAGUUGCCACCUGCCCGGUUUUUGACCGGCAUGGCCGGAUUUUUGGAUAAAAGUUUGGUUGCCGGUCUCUAUCUAAAACCGGCCGUCAUUUGCCGUUUUUUUUUUACGAGCGCAUAUUAUUUUUUUUCUUUUGGAGGAGGGGGGGGGCAUUGAUAUGUAUAUUUUAAACCAUCAACAUUAUUUUUAAUCUAGUUUUGUCAAUAAUUUCUUUGUGCUUGGAAUUGUUUAAAUUGUUUAGCCGGAAAGAAGACAUAAUUUUAGUAAAAGACUGGUGGAUUUACUGUUCAAUGUAACACAUAGAAAGUCUUUGUGAUUUACCGAAGGAGAUCAGAGAUUGGUGAGCAAGGCAUCACUGCGAGGACACAGUUAUUUUGGAAUUCAUGAUUGGAGAGGUGUGAAAACAUGCUCGCAUUACACGGAUUCACGAGUGACCAUGAGCUUUCAAGCUCAUGCCGGUGCUCGUGGUCUAUACUCCGCAUUCGCUACCGAAAGAUCCAGAACCAGCUAUUUUUUAUAAAAAUAGAUUUAUUGUUUAAAUCUGCACGCUGUGCGUCAUGCUCAGUGUCUUAGAACCAUUUUUACUCAAAGCGUUAAUUAAUUUGCAGCCAUUUUUAUGUAAACUGCAAUACCUAAUCAGUUCUUCAUCUGCUGCACAGGAUGAGUAGAGGUGCAAGAUUUGUGUUUGUUGCUUUAAUUUUGACUAAAUGGUGUGCAUCUAUGUAUGUUAUUUAUUUCACUGUUGUGUAUUCGUGUGCUUACAUGUGCUAUGAUGUAUUAGAUCUAUGUUAAUUGAUUUUACAUUGGGAAGCUAGUAUCAAAAUUGAAUCAGUCAUCAAUUAAGACUGUCAACACUGCAUCUUUCUUUUUACCAGUUCAUUCUCACAAAAUUACCCCCCUCCCCCGAAAUGGCCAGUUUUUUUUUUUGGCAACUCUAGUUGGCUAUACUAGACUACCAACACGGGCAGCAUCUGUAGCAUGAUACCUGAGAGGAUGUAUGUAAUGGUGGUUGGCAGGGUCGUGUAAAUUAAUAAGUUAAUUUCAAAUGCAGUUUGACAGGUGCAAUUCAGAUAUUUCUGACAGUGGUUUAACUUGUUUGUUGCUUGUUGUCUGUUUUCAUAGCAACCUACAUUCCAAUUCACCAUUUUCCAAAUUCCCGGUUUGAGAAUUUUUCGGUUAGAAGCUGCAUGGACAUGGCACGAGUGAGCACAAACAUUCCUUCGAAUGACAGUGCUAGAUCCUGUUGACUCCAUUGAGCUACACUGACUGUGAUUGAGCUGCAGAAACAUAGCUUUUGUGUCCAUUUGGUUUAUCUUUCACCCCAAGUUAGUACAAAGAAGCUUCUCACCUCCCCUUCCUUCUGGCGACAUUUCUUUCCCUUGAGAUUCAUACCAAGAAAUCCUUGAACCAAGUCUUCGACAGGGGGCACCAGUUCUUCCGAAAGGAUUGAUUCUUUUUUGCACACCAGGCAGUAUGGAUGAAGCGCAGUAAUGCUCCUACCACAUUUCUCAUUGCUUCAUAACAGAGACCUUCAACCUCCUUGUUUAUAGCCUCCUUGAUUUCCUUUAUAUAAUGUGUUAUAGUAACUGAUAUUGGUUAUUGAUGUACAUGUAUUAGGCUGUGCUGUUGUUCUUGCUGAUAUGUUUCUCGGUUGUAAAUAGAAUUACUUUAUUGCAGCACUGGCACAUACCUGAAGCAGUUGUCUUUAUUCAGAGUUUCCACCCAGUGCAAAUUUUAGAUUUUGUUUUUUUGCAGUACUAAUAACUUUUUGGUACUAAACGGUUGUGAAGUGUUGCCAUGCUUUUUUCUGCGACAGACGUAAUAAAGUUAUUUUCCCCUU